UGGCGGACUGAUGAUAGUGUGGAACUCUAGAUAACAACAACAGCAACACUCGUGUCCGUCCGUGGUCACCGACACCUGGACGAUAUGACCCCGACACCACACAACGUGUAACGGGCAGAUCCGCAGUAGCCGCGUUAGCCGCGCUCCUCCAUGGCGUCGUCGGCGGGACUCGGCACUGAGCGAGCAGCUCCGUCCUCCGGCUCUCACUGCGGGGGCAGGCCGCCUCUCCGGCCCCACCACCCCCACCCGGCUCACUCCGUCGCGGGCUGCGUGAUGGUGGAGUCGGUGGACGACGCGGAGGGUCUGUACGUGGCGGUGGAGCGAUGCCCCCUGUGCAGCACCUCCCGCCGCAGACUCACCUGCGCCCGGUGCGUCCAGGCCGGAGACUUCGUGUACUUCGACGGGAGGAACACGGAGAGAUACACAGAGAAGCUCGAGAGACUGAAGCAGCUGAAGGAGCAGAAGGAGGAGCUGCAGCAGAGAACCAUCCAGGCCAUGGACAGGAAGCUGCAGGCCGAUCAGAUGAAGUGGAAGCUCAUGUCGUGUCGGAUGAAGAUCGAGCAGCUGAAGGAGGCAGUUGCCUGGGGCAACGAGGAGGUGAAGAGCGAUAAAGACCUGCACAUGCGCUCGCAGGAGGACGGGCAGCGGCUGCAGCGGCGAGCUGGACGUCACCAGGAGAAACGGGACAAGAUCGAGCGUCACAACCGUCGACUGGGGGAACUGAUGGAGAGACGCAGUCGAGAGCUGCAGAGUCGACUGAGUCAACUGGCGGCGCUGAGACAAGACCACAUCCUGGAGCUCACCACACACAUCUUCAACACUCAGGAGGAGAAGCAGGGCAGCAGAGACCCCGCGGACGUGGUGGCGGAGUGCGAUCCGGCUCUGACCUCCAGUACAGUGAGUGAGCUGGCCGAGGCCCGGAGGACCACCUACCUGUCGGGACGCUGGAUCUGGGACGACCAAAAUGGCGAGACCAGCAUAAGCAUCACGGGACCCCCUGUCACGCUGCCCAGCAACGGAGACUGCUCCGCCUACUACAGCUGGGUGGAGGAGAAGAGCACCAAUCAGGGCCCAGAGCUGGACCACAUCAACCCGGCUCACACCAUCAGCGCCGCUCUGUGCUACACCACACAGCUCGCCACCAUCCUGUCGCACAUCCUGGACGUCAACCUACCCAAGAAGCUCUGCAACAGUGAGUUCUGUGGAGAGAACCUGAGCAGGUAUCGUUUCACCAGAGCUCUGAGUAAACUGAACACCAACGUGCUUCACCUGUGUUUCUCUCAGCAUGUCGACACUGAGAAGCUUCACCCUCAUCACACUCUGAGAAACAUCAUGUUUCUGGUUUCCCCCGACAACGACAACCUGGGCAGGACCGGCCCGUUCGAGGUCAGUGCCGAUCUGGAGGAGUCGAUGGAGUUCGUGGAGCCGGAGGCGUUGGGUCCGGUGGAGGAGAGCGGUGACGAGGCGGUGACAGACGAGGAGACGGACCUGGGGACAGACUGGGAGACGGUGCCCAGCCCCCGGUUCUGUGACAUCCCAUCACAGUCCAUGGAUCUUUCCCAGAGUGCUUUGCAGGUGUCGCAGCCGUCUGCCAACACCGGCGGGAUGAUCUCGUCCGCAGCCGCUUCUGUCACUUCCUGGUUCAGAGCGUACACCGGCCAGCGCUGAUCAGACCGGACGGGACCUGGACUGGACCGGUUCAGGUCUCAGACUUUGGCCUGAGUUCAGAGGUCAGCCAGUGACACAACAACAGCUGCUCAGAAGAGUAUCAGACUUCUGGACACACACACACACACACACACACACACACACACACACACACACACACACACACACACACACACCCACACACACACACAAUUAUUUAAAUUCUACACACGCACUCGUUUGUUCCCGAGUUUUAUUUUGACUUUUGUAUAAAGUUAUUUCAAGUUUCCCUGUUUAGCCGUUAGCCGUUAGCCUUUCUCACGGGAGAGUAAACAGUCUUGUCACGUUUCAUCUGCUGACGCCUGAUGAUCAGAUCUCAGAUGAUUGAUACCAGUGAAGACGUCUCACUCUGUCUGUGGAAACAAAGACUCAAAACAAACCAGCAAAAGUUUUAUUUUUAAUAAACAACUUGAUUAUUAAAACUUUUGAUGUCCACCUGUCUGUCGCUCUGCUGUCCACCUGUCUGUCUCUCUGCUCUCUACCUGUCUGUCCACCUGUCUGUCUCUCUGCUCUCUACCUGUCUGUCAAAAUGUCUGUCACCAUGUCUGUCCCUCUGUC